AUGACGAACAAAAAGGGGCAGCAAGAAAUGGUCCAGGUCGGUCAGUAUAACCACUUCGCAGCUUCCUUGCAGUUUAUAGCUAAUCCAGGUACGGUGCUAGACAAUUCCGAACGCGCAGAAUCUCCAUUUUGGGCCGGACGAAAGGUAUCCCUGAAUCAGUCUCAGUCUCAGUCCAAGGGCUACAGCCAGAACACCGUGGUGGGCGCUUCAUACUCCCACGCCAAUAUUCUACAGUACGCUAUCCCAUCAAACAGCGGGCUGGGCCAAUUCCCUUCUGGUUGA